GUCAAACAUUGUACUCCAGCAGGUUGAAGCAAGUGAGAGCAACCUGACUUUAUAAUCAGACUUCAAAGUGCAGCUUGAAUCAAAUAAUAGGCCUACAGGAUGAAUAGGUAUUAUAUAUGGCAGAAGUGAUUUAAGCUUUUUUUUCCAGAUAUUAGUCUAUUUUGAGGAAUUUUUGUUGCAAAAGGGGAAAUCGAGUUUGUUCUGCUUCACUAAACGAUUUUUUUCUUCGACUUUGCACAAAGGAGGACCUGUCUGCUCUGCUGCAGGUAGAUAACAUGCGCUCAGGUAAUGUAACCUGAAACUGAAAUCAUGUGACCUAUGGCGAUUUGAAGAGUAGGCGAAACGAAAAAAACUGCUUUACAUAAAACACCCAACAGGUUGUUCAGUCGGUGAUGUAGUCCAGUAGGAAAGGAUCCAUUCAAUUAUCAAGCGGCACUGCAAACCAUUUUUUUCAUUCAUGAGAUGUAUCACCUGUCGUUUUCAUUGGAUAUUUCUUCAUUAGUGGCAGUUUCAUUUCAUGACAAGGUGAGGCGGAAGCAACAUGGUUCAUUCGUGAGGAAUUAACCUGCUCGAUUCUUUGCCUCGAUCACCUGGAAACAUCCGGAUCAAUGUUGUUCAAGGAAAAAGCGGUAAGGUAAAUGUUUGACCUAAUGAAAUGGACCCGAGGUGACACCCCAAAAUCCCAGUCUGUCUUCACUGGGCCCUGCUGGUCACAGUUAUAGAGAUGGCAGCGAGUCCGGAUGUGCUGGCCAUACAUGGAGUUGUGGUCAGGAGUGUUUUACUGCUGGUACUGAGUGGUAAUCCUGCGUGGGGGAAUUACCCCAUUUAUAUAAAUAAAAGAUCUUCAAAUGACACCGUGAGUGAUGCAACCAACAUUGCGGCUAUUGUGGCCCCCACAGUCAUCUUGGGUGUCUUGGUCAUAGUCUUGGCUGUUCUAUGCUGGCUGUUCUGCGUGGUGAAAAAGAAGAGGCAGACUGAAGGAACGUAUAGACCCAGCGCUGAGGAACAGUCCGGUGUACGCAGCGUGGCCGCACCAGAUGCACUAAAGUUACCAAAGGAGGAAAGACUCAUUUGAGAUGUUGUGCUUGCAAAUGUAUGCAUGGCAACAUUCCCAUGUGACAAUGCUCUUUACCUUGAGCUGAUCAUUUAAGGAAAAAUAUCUCCACGACAGACUGACAAGUAUGAGGCUACAUUACAUGAUGCGUUCACUUCAACAAGCACUGAAUGGACCCUGCAUGGCACUAUGAGGAAAAGCACCUGGAUGAAUGGGUCUUCCAAUGGAUUUUAAAAACAAACAUUUCAAAGUGGUUUUGAACAUUUCUUCUGCACAAAUGAAACAGGAGCUGCAGUAUUUCAUCACAACUAAUACGUAGUUAGUUUUAAGAUGUUUUCCUUUAUCAGCUGCCUUAAUAUUGUGUACCAUUUACUAUUCCUGUGCUUGAUUUGAUUCUGUCUACCAUGAAACACUCACUGGCAAAAUCUACACUGAUCUUUUACCUCAAACUAAUUUUUGUUCCAUUGCAUUUCAUUGUUAUCUUUAGUCUAAUGAUGAGUGAUGAAUUCAGCAUUUUAUAGUGCAAAAACUCUUGAUUUUAGAAAUACAGCUGUGGGAUUGAUUGUAUCAAGCAAAAUCAAGUAACUGUUUACACUUUACGUAAUCAUACUAUUGAAAUCAUCACUAUUGAAAACUUUACAUUUCAUCAGAUCUGAAGUGCAGUGCGUAUUGCAUGGUAAUCAAAUAUGUUUUACAGUCACUGCAUGUUUAUUUAUACUUUUAUCAAGUAAAUAAACAAUUUGUAAAACAGCUAAGUAAUUAAACUUUACAAAAUGUUUAAACUAUUUUAUUCUGUUCUGAUGUCUGACACUUCCCCAAAAUUACAUG